AUGCCCUACGACGUCAACAUGGCCGAGGGCUCGUCUGCCGUCCUGCGCCCGCGUAGGACAACACAGCGCCCCGCGUCCUGGUUCAUGCCUUCGACUACCUCGCUCGCUGCGCUGGCCGUGGCCGGUGCAACCGAAGGCGCCCUCUCCACACCGGCAGAGUCGACUGCCAACCCCUUCCGUACCGGGGGCUUCCAAGCUCCACCUCCUACGAGCUUUCGGUCGCCGGCUUCGUCGAUAAAGGGUAAACACAAGUUGUCUCCAUCCCCCUCGCCGCGCAACCACGACUAUGACUUUGUCAUCUCGUCACCCCGCCCGGGACCCCCCUCUCUCCAAAUCAUGGCCUACUCGCCGAGCAAGGGCGGAGACAAGGACGCUGGAUCGUCCUCGCCCGUCCCAGCCGAUAGCCCCACCCCGGCGUACAACAUGGCCACUGCAGCCGCCAAGCUCCGACUGGCAGACGAUGACAGCCCCAUCCGUCACGUCCCAGGCCAUAGCCGUAGUCUUGCUGCCGCACGUUCCCGGGACGACCUCUUCUCGCCCAAGGCGCGUGGAUCCCCGGGGAGUGCGCGCCACCAGUCGCUCGUCCUUGACGAUCACGACGAGCCACCUAUCCCUCUCCACUCUCAAGUGUCCCAUACUCCGCUUUUCACAACUCUCCGCACAUCCCAGUCACAGGACUGCAGUCCAUGGCGCAUGCCAAACACCACGAGGAUACCUCGCCUGUCCGUGUCGCACCCUAUUCGCCCGCGCAAGGCAAACGAUCGCGCAGGAGGUCUGGCACAGAAGAAGGCAGUCUCACUUGGUGACAUUCAGGUCGACAACGUCGGCGACUCUCCGUUUGGAUCGGCAUUUGUGCAUGGACGCAAGCCCCGUUCGUCUCUUGGUAACCUCCCUGUCGGCUUUUCAGGUCGCCAACGACGAAGCGCAGGACCCCUGUCUGAACAGAGCAUCUCACGUUCAGUCGGACACAAGUCUGGCCUCUCGCUUUCUCUGUCCCAAGGGUUGGCGCCCAUGCCCGACUUUUCGACCUCGAAUUCAUCCAUCUCGUCUUCGUCGACCACAAGUAUUACCCCACCCGCAUCAGCCGAGUCCAUGUUUGAAAAUGUAAAGCCCAACCCCGAAGUGUUUGAGGCUGCGGCGUCGGGCAUCAAGCAAAAGUUUAAGCCACGCGACUCGUCCAGUUCAAACCUUACGGUUACCACCGCCGAGGAAGACCGUGUCAAGAUGCCUCCACCUUCUGUUUUGCGUGUCAACACUUUGCCAGUGGCUGGACCGUCGGUCAAACGUGCCCGCUCCCUUGGCCACCGUCCAGACGGCGACGAAGCCGAGGCCGAGAUGCUCGCUGCAGCUAUGCUUGCCUCGCAGCCCGAGCCGACCCUUGCAAGCAAGUUGACCAACUUUGGCGUCCACGGUGAUGACAAGCUCACCAUGCCCGGUACCCCUGUCAAGCGCAACGCCUUCAACCUUACCCACCCACGCAGCUCUGGCCGUGUUGUCAUGUCCAUUUCCCAGCCUGUUCUAGGAUCAGACGGAUCCCCAUCGGCCGUCUUUAGCGCUACCCCAUUCUUCCCACCUCCCUCUACCCGUAAAGCCUUGGGCAAUGUCCCCCACUUGACCGUGACCACCACGUCGUCACCCGACAGCGCCAUGGACACCGACGAGGCGUCGCCGACCACUCACCUCGGUUCAGCAUCCAAGGCUCCCCAAGUUGCCACUCGCCUCAACCUGCUCCGUCGUCUCGGAAGCACUGGCGGUAGCAGCAGCCUCGAGUGCUCCGAGGACGAGGGCACCCCAACCAAGGGCGGUAGUGACCGCCAUGCCAUGUCAUCGUCGUAUGGUGGCACUCCGACACCGUCUCCCAAGGCCGUUUCGAUGCUCAUGGCCCCAAACACCCAGCCAAAGGACACUGGUGUUGUCCCUCGCCUUUCCCUCCCUACCUUUGGCACAACGAAGAGUCGCCGUGUUCGCCACCGCCAAUCGCACCCAGUAGCGCCACCCAACCUUCCCGAAGAGGACGACAUUUUCGAGUCGCGCUUUGUUGUGAUGCACCCCCUCGGCAAGGGAGCCUUUUCGACUGUCCUCCAGGUCCAGGAGCGCUUUGGAGACGGUGUCUACGCCGUCAAGAAGACCCGUGGCGUCUUUGACGGGGUCAUGGACCGUCUUCGUCAUCUCGAGGAGAUUGACGUUUUGCGCCACCUGUCAAAGGACCCCAACCCACACAUUAUCCGCUUUGUCGACGCCUGGGAGCAGAACCGCCAGCUGUACAUCCAGACUGAGGCGUGUGUUGGUUCGCUUGCUGCCUUCCUCGAGGUCUUUGGCCACGAGAAUGAGCGCCUGGACGAGGCCCGCGUGUGGAAGAUGGUCCGUGAUCUCUCGGACGGUAUCCACCACAUUCACUCGCACGGCGUCAUCCACUUUGACAUCAAGCCCGACAACAUUCUUGUCGCUGCCGACCGAACCCUCAAACUUGCAGACUUUGGCCUGGCCACCCGAUGGCCACGCCUGAGCCCUGCCGAAAUCAUCGAGGGCUCUGGCCUCGGUGGCUCCAUUGGUGUCUGGAAGGAGGACAAGCUUGAGCGCGAGGGUGACCGCAUUUACAUGCCGCCCGAGAUGCUCCGCGGUGUCUUUGUCAUGGCGGCCGACAUUUUCAGCUUUGGCCUGGUGGUCCUCGAGUCGGCAAUGAAUAUUUACCUCCCCGACGGCGGACCCUCGUGGCACGCUCUUCGCGAGAACAACUUCACCUGGCUCGACCUCUCGCCGCUGUCGCCUGCUCUCACCGACUUGAUUGUGAGCUGCAUGAACGCCGACCCCCAGCAGCGUCCGUCCAUCGAGCACAUUGUCGAGCACCCCAUCAUCCAGCGCACCCUCACUGGUGGUGCCGCUCUCGCCCCUGAGGACCCCCGCUGGCUCGUCGACGUUCUUGCUGGAACUGGCAGCACUCUCCGUCCCGCCUUGGGUGGUCUCGAUGGUGAGGGCGACGUGGUUAUGGGCGACGCCUAG